AUGCCAAUUGAUCGUAUCUCGCAUCUUGUUGCACAGGCACCGAAUGAAAAUCCCAGCCGACGUCAAUCGUUCUAUCGAACAUUCGUGCAAUUCCUCUGUUCAAAUCUCGGCCUGGUCAUCAUCGUGGUCGCAUACAGUAUUGGCGGAGCUUUUCUUUUCAUUUUGCUUGAGCAAUAUAUUGAACUGCAAAAUUGUCAGGAAGCUAAUCUAUUGGAAAAUGUUUCGGUUUCGAAUAUCUCUGAAUCGAUGUUUAACUACGUUUCGAUUUCGACUGAUAGCAACGCGGUGAUGUACGACCAAAUCGAAAGUUAUUUAGAGAAUUUCACCAGUGAUAUCUAUGAACGUCGAUCUGAUUUCCGUUAUACUGGACAAGAUUGCGAAACAACAUCUGGUUGGUCAUUUUCAUCAGCACUGCUUUUCGCAAUCACGGUCAUUACAUCCAUUGGUUAUGGACAUAUCACACCAGUUUCAUGGGAAGGACAAAUUACUUGUAUCUGUUAUGCACUGAUUGGUAUUCCGAUAUUUUUACUAUGCUUGGCCAAUAUAAGUUCCAUUUUGGGCGAUAUGUUUCGUUUUAUGUAUUCGACAUUUCUGCACUUCAUGUGCUGCUGUUGUCGAGUCUACAUGCGUAACCGUCGGCGAAAACAACGCAGACUCAAAGGAACAUCGUAUAACGAUCAUUUUUCUAUGGGUUAUGUGGGCAAAGAAUCCAUUGAUCCGAACUGGCCAGAGGCUGCUCAGCAACAUAAUGGUGAACGAUUAAGUGAUGAAGAAUAUGAUCUGGAUGAAGACGACGAGAAUGAAAUGGAUGACGUUUGGACACGAAUGGAAAGUCGUGUGCCGAUUUUAGUUGUCAUUUUAAUUAUCAUUGGUUACGUUUGUGUGGGAGCAUUUGUUUUCAAUCGAUUCGAAGGUUGGUCAAUGGUAAUAUCGGUUUAUUUCUGUUACAUCACACUAUCAACGAUUGGCUUUGGUGAUUAUGUACCAGGAAUAACAUCCGGCUCAACAGACGGCUUACGUUUCCUGGCAAAUUGUCUUUACAUUGUUGUUGGUUUAGCUGUCUUAGCAAUGUGUUUUGAUUUAAUAAAAGAAAGUAUUGUCGACAAAUUCGAAUGGAUCGGACAAAAAUUCGGCGUUGUUCAGCAAGAAGAUGAUUUAGUUGACAAUGAUUUUACACGAUAUGCAAAUUUUCAAUACUCACAACAGUCAAGUCAAGAGAAAAUCAACUCGCCACCGCCAGCAUAUGAAGAGCCGGUUGCUGAAGGUGGUUGGUUUAAAGAUAUCAAAGAUAAACACGAGCCACUUCGGGACAAAAUCAGUGCUGCAAGUGACAAAGGUAUCAAAAAUAAGCACGAACCACUUCGGGAAAAAACCAGUGUCGCAAGUGACAAAGUUAUCAAAAGUAAGCACGAACCACUUCGGGAAAAAGCCAGUACGGCAAGUGAUAAACAAGUCAAAGAGAAAAAUGAACCACUACGAGAAAAAUUCAGUGGCUCAAGUGAUAGAUAUAUCAAGAACAAGAUCGAACCACUGCGAGAAAAAGUCAGUAUCGCAAGUGAUAAAUAUUAA